AGCAGCAGCAGUAGCAGAGGCAGCAGAAGCAGAAGCAGCAGCAGAGGCAGCAGGCAGCAGGCAGAAGGCAGCAAGGCAGGCUAUAUACACGGUGCCGAGCAACAAAUUGAGUCAGUAUCGCACAAACAACACUAACGGAAACAUCAACGUGAAAGCGACGAGACCGAGACGGACGCCCUCCGUCCGUGUUUUGUGUCUGUCUGUGCCUGUGUCUGUCUGUCUGUGUGUUGAGUUGAGUUCAGUUCAGUGUUCAGUUCAGUCGCGCUCUCCAACGAAACUUUAAUCAGCAGUUACCAACAAAAACAACAACACACGAGCUCACACACACACACUACAACACUCACACAUCAGACACACACGCACUCGUACACACAGGAACGCAUGUAAGGUGGAAACAAUAAUACAAAACAAUACAAAGAGAAAGGAGAGAGCCAAGGAUCGGUAUCAGGAGAGCGGCACUGAGUUAGGAUUCAGAGAGAGAGAGAGAGUGACAGGAUCGCGGCGGAGAUAGCGGGUCAAAGAGGAAGAGGCCAGAGCGGAGGCAGAAAGCCGAGCCGAAACUGUGCGAGCGCCCGAGGGCGGUGAGCAAAGUUUGACGUUUGCUAACUGCAAUCGGCACUUAGCACUUUUUGAAAAGUUUGCCAACUCUCCCUCGGGCUAUCAAUAAAAUCAUCCGAAGCAAAAAGCAACAUAGCAGGACAGGCUAUAUUAAUAGACAGGGGCAAAUAUCACAAAAAAAAAAAAACAUCACAAAAAAGAAAAAAAUGCAUAAAAAAGCGUAAAGGAAGCAUCCGAGAGCAGCGGAGUCGUCGCCGUCAUAUGCGUCGUGGGUGUCGUACAACGUACAUAUCGUAUAUAUAGAUGCAUAUUCUCAUCUAUAUAUAAAAAUAAACAUAAAAAAUACAAUUUUUUUUCUUGUUAUUCUAUAGUUAAUAAAUAGUUUUUGUGCAAGAGUAAAAAAGCUAAAUAAAUAAAAAAAAAAGAGCGCCCAAGGCGGCCAAUGGAAAUGCCAAAGAAAAAGCAACAAAAUUUACAACGACAACCGAAACAGCAACAAAAACAACAAAAACAACAACAACAAACGAAACAGCGAAAACAACAAAGAAAGAAGAGGCAACUAUUGCAGUUUCCCGAUACAUAAGUCCACCGAUAUUCCGUAUACGCCCCCCUGUCACCCCAAAAACAACCCAUUCCCAGAAAGAAAUUCCGAUUUUUGCGGUACGUCUUUGUCGCGCGCGUUCACACACACACCAACACACCUACACACACAUAGUCAGAACCAGAGACACACAUGCAAGUGCAUAAAUGGCAAUAUGGACGAGCUGCAGCAGCAUUUGCGUUGUAUACCAGCACAGUGACACGCGCGUGCCAAAUAUUGCCGAUUUUAUCAGGCGAGCGACACCAACAACGGCUAAGGCUAUUAACUGAAGGGUCACCACCACCAACAAAUACAACAACAAUACCAGUAGUGGCAACAACAGUUACAACGAAAAUUGCUGGAAGGCGCCGCAAAAUAUCAAAAUGUCAAUUCAGAAGCUCAACGACGCCUCCAACUCCGGGUACGUGAGCUCCGAGGAGACGGACUCGCUGCUGGUGAGCAACCCCAAUCCCGGCAAGGGCGGCCCCCGGACAGCCCUGCUCCGGCAGGUGAAGAGCAGCUCGGCGAAUGGACCCACCGCCUCCUCCUCGAUGGGCUCCGUGUCCGUAUCGGUGUCCUGCUCCGGCUCUGCCUCCGGCUCCGGAUCGGGGGGCGUGGCCAGCAAGCCGACACUGAUGCGCCAGGAUCGCACGUCCACCUACCUGACCAGUCCGCAGCAGUCGCAAUCGCACCAGACGCCCGGCGGCAGGAUGGGAUCGGAGGAGAGCAUGCGGCAUCCGCAGGACGAGGACGUGGAGCAGGGACUGAUACGGAACAGCAUAGUGCCUGACAUUGAAGUACACCAAGAAGAGGACCAAGAGCACAGCCGCAGUCCGGGCACGGGUCUCGGCCAGAACCAGAAUCAGAGCCAGACCCAGUCCCAGACCCAGGCGCUGGCUCAAACCCAAAAUCAGACUCAGACGCAUAGUCAGACCAAUAAUACGAAUACGAAUACAAAUCCGGAUACAAUGAAUCCAUCGACCAAGCAACCGACCAUAUCAAUUAUGAAUUUAAGUUUGAAGCCCGGCGACAUGGCCAGUGGCCCCGGAUCCGGCCCCGGUCCCGGCCCCGGCUCCUCGCACAGUCAUCCGAAUCUGGGUACGUCCUCGUACCAGAACCUGGCCUCCAGCAUACCGCCGAGUGCGCCGAGUCGGUGCCGGGCGUGCCGGAACUGCAGCCGCCGGGCUUCCACCACGCCCCUCUCCACGACGGUCGGCAUCGAUCGAUCGGCGUCGCGGGACAGCGUUAAAAGUGCCUUCCAGCAGGGCAAUCUCUCCAACUCCAUGGCCAUAUGUAUCUCCAACACGGCACUGCAGCAGCAGCAGCAGCAGCAACAGCAGCAGCAGCAGCAGCAGCAGUACCAGCUGCAGCCGCACCAGUACCAGCUGCAGCAGCAGCAGCACCAUCAGCACUACCUGCAACAGCAGCACCUGCAACAGCAACAGGUGCCGCCCGUUCUGAUCACCUCGUCGCCGACGAACGGCUCCCGGAUAAUACGGCAGAGCUCCCAGCCGGAGUCGAGCAGCACGGCCAUCUGCUGCGGCCCCCACUCCGCCUACGGCUCCUCCCACUCGCACACCGUUCCGAACGUCUCGCUGAAGCAGCUCCGGGAGAGCACCACGGACGGAAUAGCCGGCAUUGCGGCGGACUCCCUGAGGAUCAACGGCGGAAUGCGGCCCUUCAAGCAGGGCGUUCUUCUAAUGCCUCGCACCUUGUCCGAAAGCCGAAAGUUGCGCCUCCGAAGGGCUUUUACCGAGGCCACUAACGAAACGCUCCAAUGCUCCAAAAUGCUCCGCAAACCGGCGUCGACACUCUCAAUUCCUGGCUCGAUGAAAACACCUUCCAUUGCGAACCGGGAACAGAUCUCAUCUGGAUGCAACGAAGAAGCGGCCGAGGCACUAGUGGGUAUCCACUCAGACUACCCUAGGUAUGAAAUGUAUAUGGAAGAACGUGCCCUUACUGGCGGCAACACGUCCAGGAAGCCCUCAACAAACUCGGCCAAACACAAACCCAAUGUGGGCUAUCGCCUGGGAAAGAGGAAAGCCCUGUUCGAGAAGCGCAAACGCAUCAGCGACUACGCCCUGGUCAUGGGAAUGUUCGGGAUCAUCGUGAUGGUAAUCGAGAACGAGCUGAGCAGUGCCGGUGUCUACACAAAGGCAUCGUUCUACUCGACAGCGUUAAAAACCUUAAUAUCUGUUUCGACUGUGAUUCUUUUAGGACUUAUAGUAGCUUACCAUGCUUUGGAAGUGCAGGUGAGAUUAUUCAUGAUAGAUAACUGCGCCGACGAUUGGAGGAUCGCAAUGACAUGGCAACGAAUUAGUCAAAUAGGGUUAGAACUUUUUAUAUGCGCUAUACAUCCAAUUCCUGGCGAAUACUAUUUCCAGUGGACGACGAAAUUGGCCAAUAAGAAUAAAACAAUUGGCACCGAAUUGGUGCCAUAUGACGUAGCUUUAUCAUUACCUAUGUUCCUUCGAUUAUAUUUAAUCUGCCGCGUAAUGCUGCUGCAUUCGAAACUAUUCACAGACGCAUCAUCACGGAGCAUUGGCGCUCUCAAUAGGAUUAAUUUUAACACAAGAUUCGUUUUAAAAACUCUAAUGACAAUAUGCCCGGGAACGGUUCUAUUGGUCUUCAUGGUGUCCCUCUGGAUCAUCGCCUCCUGGACGCUGCGUCAGUGCGAAAGAUUUCAUGAUGAAGAACAUGCGAAUCUUUUGAAUGCAAUGUGGCUGAUAGCGAUAACAUUUUUGAGUGUUGGUUUCGGUGAUAUUGUUCCGAAUACGUACUGUGGACGUGGUAUCGCUGUCAGUACAGGAAUAAUGGGCGCUGGAUGCACGGCUCUGCUGGUGGCCGUGGUGUCCCGGAAACUGGAGCUGACCCGUGCCGAGAAGCAUGUGCACAACUUCAUGAUGGACACGCAGUUGACCAAAAGGCUGAAAAAUGCUGCGGCGAAUGUCCUUCGUGAAACUUGGCUCAUUUACAAACAUACAAGACUAGUAAAACGGGUUAAUCCCGGCCGUGUAAGAACCCACCAAAGAAAGUUCCUUCUAGCUAUAUAUGCGUUGCGAAAAGUUAAAAUGGAUCAGCGCAAACUAAUGGAUAAUGCAAACACAAUAACUGACAUGGCCAAGACACAGAACACGGUCUACGAGAUAAUAUCGGACAUGUCUAGCCGGCAGGAUGCCAUCGAGGAGCGCCUAACCAAUCUGGAGGACAAAAUGCAGAGCAUACAGGAGCACAUGGAGAGCCUGCCAGAGCUAUUGUCCCGCUGCCUGACCCAGCACCAGGAGCGAAUCGAGCAGAGGCGCAACUUUCUGCAUCCGGACACAGCUGCAGCCCCCAUCCAACAGCCAACCCCUCCCUCGAUGUUCAAUGCGGCGCCCAUGCUAUUCCCCCACUCCAGAAGUGUUCCCUCAUCCAAUAACGCCGCCGCUACUUACCAUUGGCCAACAAGCCCUAUUUUGCCACCUAUAUCUAGUAGAACACCACAUUUAGUGCCUGAUACUCACAUGCCAUCAAAUGGAUCUGCAGUUAAUAGCUACGCAUCUUCCAACAAAUACGGCAGCUGAAUAUCAGAAAGAGAGCGCUCCACUUCCGUGAUUAACAUCGAGAUGCUAACAAUAAGGUCGGAUCUGGAUCCCACAAUCCGGGAUUCAGGAGCCGGCCGUUUCUGGCCAAUAUCCUCCACAUUCACAUCCAAACUCACAUCAACAACAGCAACAGCAACAGCAACAGCAGCAACUACUUCGUCGUCUACGUCAACGCUGAGAAGGCUCGAUAGGUUCGCAGUGGCCGAGACAGCGCUGCUAUCGUUAUCGUCAUCGGUGGGGGCGCAGCAAGGGCCGGGCUAUCGGGACACGAUAUCGAUAAUACCCGAAGAUGCCGAGUCGCUGGCAAACACAAACACAAAUACGAACAGUAACAGUUCGCCGGAUCAGAUGCCCGGCUCGAUAUCAACGCCGGCCAUUGCUGCGACCGGAAGCGGAAGCGGAAGUGUUAUCGUUAAAUCGAUAACCAUGCCGAUGCCAAUGCCGAUCGAGCCGAUGACCAUCGACGAUCGGAGUGCCGCCGAGACCGAAACCGAGAAGGCCAAGGCGACAGUCGCCUCGAAUAAGUUUACUAGGAAAAGAGAACGUGUAUGCAAUAAUAGUAGUAAUAGUAAUAGUAAUAGUAAUAGUAAUAGUAAUAGUAAUAGUCAGAAUAGUAAUAAUAGCGUUAAUAGUAAUAUUAGUAAUUCUACAAGUCGAAUUUCGAACUCGGCCUUUUGUAAAUAAGCCUCUUCGAAAUGAGAAAAAAAGUCAAAUGUUAGCAUAUACACGAAAGGAGUCACAGCACCAUCGUACGACUGUACUGUAUGUGUGUGUGUGGACAUAUAUAUAUAUAUAUAAUCCAAAAAAAAAACAAAACCAAAAAACAAAAACACAAAAAAGAAUAUAUAUAUACAAGUGUGUAAUUUUUUUUUUCCAAAAUUUUAGGCUAAAAAUGAGAAAACCAAAAACAUACUUGUAAUUCUCACCUGUGCUUGCAUACUAAAAACAGAAACAUAUUACAUAAUAUAGCAUAGUGUGUGUGGGUCUGAGUGUUUCUGUGUGUAUGAGAGAGUCACUGUCUGUGUGUGUGUGUACAGUGUGAGCAUGUGUUAGUUCAUUAAAUUGCAAUUAAAAUUAAAACAGAAUCGAAUUAGAAUCGAAUUGAAAAAGAGAAUCGCAGAAAACAAAAGAGAAAAGCUCACAAGCCCCAGAAGUUCAUUUUAGCAAUAUCCGAAAAAUACCAAAAAAAAACAAAUAACUAGCACUUCCGUUUCCGGUUGCGGUAUAUUUAUGUAAAUACAUCCCAAAACAUACCAAACAUCUGAAGAACAAAAAACAAACGCAUUUGUCUGUCUGUCUUGGAGAGAUUCUAGGAAAUUCUGGAAAAACUUUUGUAAAUACGUAUCUGUGUGUCUGUGUGUGGUUGUGUGGGUGUCUGAACUGUUUAUGUGUGAAGAACAUACACCGCGAGAAAAGAAGAACGCGGGAGAUCCUUUAGAUUUGAAAAGAAAGUGGAACUCCUCACCUUUUUUGUCAAAUCUUAACGUAUUUCUGGCGUUUCUUUUUUUCAACAUGAAAAAAAAAAACAUUUCAAAAACAGUCAAGUCUCAAAAACACAACUCUUCAAAUAAAAACUCAUUGAACAAACAGCGAAAUCAGUUAGAAAAUAUUGAAAAGUAUUGAAAAAUUUUAAAAGGGAAUGAAAACCAAGAAGAAAUAAUGAUUCUAACUUUAAACAACUACUCUGGCUUUAACUAAACUCUAAAAACCAAAAAAAAAAUAACGAAACAAGUUUGUUGUUGUCUUUUUUUUCUACAUAUAUAUAUAUAUAUAUAUACUACGAAAACAAAUAUACAUAUAUAGUAUAGUAUAUAGUAUAGAGUACUUAGUCUAGUAUAUAUACAUAUAUAUUUUCGUUGUUGUUGUUUUUGCUUUUCUUUUUCUACCGAAAAAAAAACAACUAUUAAGAACUCAAUUAAGAACCUGACUAGCUUUCAAUGGGAGUUAAAACUACGUGAUGAUAGAGAAAUGGUAGUAGUAAUAGAAAAAAAAGGAGAAACACAACAAAUAUUAAGGGAACUAAGCUAGUAAAAUCUACAUCUAACGAGAACAAUUUUAAUUGAAGAUUUUGUAAAAUAUAAAUGGUAAUUCACAUUAUUAUACACAAGAAAGGAAAGAAAACCUACUCUACAGUAUGCCACAGACCGACAGAAGUCGAGCAGAAAAUAGUGUAGGCAUUAUAAUAGCAGAACAGAACAGUGGCCGAGCUACGUAAAGAUUUUCUAAAGAUUCUAAAAGGAACAUUAUAUAUAACAUUACUAGAAAGUAUUAACUUGGAGCAUCGAAGCUAGCUAAAAGAUAAAAGUAAAAGAAAAACCUCUAACGCAUUGUUAGAUUAGAUGAAUUCCCCGAAUAGUGCCCCCAAUCCCACCCCAAAAUCCUCUCCAUCAGAUGAAUAAUAAGAAUAAAAAAAACCAGAACCAGAACCAGAACCAGGGCCAGAAAGGAUCAAAAUAUGUGUAAUCUAUAUAUACUAUAUAUACACUAUAUAGCCAAGCCAAGCCAAGCCCCUUGCACUUUCCCAGAUUCAAGUUCAGAUUUAAAUCGUAGAUUUCCCAACUGUCUGAUAGAGAAUAAAAGUAAAUGAGUUAAAGGAGAAAACCAACAAACUAAAAACAAAAAUGUGUGUAUACCUAUUUAUAAUAUUGAAUAUUUAAAUUGAAAAUGAACGUUCAAGACUGCUGUCAAAAUAGCUUUAUCACAAUAAAGACGACACGAUACAGAAACAGAUACAGAUACAGAUACAGAAACAGACACAGACAAGGACAAUGACUACACUGAAAGGACACACUGAAAACAGAUCAGAAAACUAUAUAGAACACACAGAGAUACAGAGAUACACUGAUACUAGAAACGAGGUAUGAAAUGCGCCCAGCUUUAACGUUAUGUAUUGAUGCAUAUUUGGGUUUCAACUCUAUAAAUCGAAUAAUAAUCUAUAACUUAACGAUAGACGAAUAAAAGCAAAGAAUUGGUACAACAUCAAAUUCCCGUUUGAACUGGUUUCCUAAGACCCACAAAAAAAACAAAAAUAUGAAAACCAAAAUCUUAACACAAACUUUGAUAUGAGGGACCGAAUUUCCAAAAGACAGGUCUUUAUUAUACAAACAAAAACAAAUUUAACAACAAGCAACAAUGAAAAUAAACAAAAUUCCUAAAGAGAAAACUGAAUUUAUAAUACGGAAGAUUUUUUAGCCGCCUUUGAGCUGGGAUAUAAAUUUUUGUAAAAACAACAAACGAUUUUUGGUUUUUAUUUUCGCACAAUUGUUUCCUGUCCAAAACAAUGUCUUUGUUUUCCUAGAGAUUCCCAUUUUUUUCCAUACAAUAUCAUUUAUUUUAUAUUCUUUUCUUCAGUGAAUCGUAGAGCUCAAGGGGUACUUCGAGAACAUCAAGCUUCAAUUCGAAAAAAGCAAAAGAUCUUCUAGCCAAACCAGGUCCAAGAAUACAAAGAAAACAAAACAAUGCCAAGGCUUAAAGUUAAAAAUACAAAAAUAAACUGGAAAUUAAAGGCCGAACCAAAAACUAGAAACCAGAAAAGCAGCCAUCAAAAAGUGAAAUAGAUUUUGUGGAUUUUACACAAAAACUUAAAAGAUAGACACCCACUCCCCACUUGUCCAACUAGAGAGGUAUGCAAGAAAAUAUAUAAGGUUAUAUAUACAAUAUCUAGAUAUAUACACACACACACUCAAAUAUAUAUAUACUUACAUAUAUAUAUAUAUAGAUACAUGUACAGACGGUCUAAAAGUAUAUACCAAACCCAGAGAAAACCCAACACUAAUAACAUCAUAUUUGACUUUAUAUGUAUUAUAGUAAUGUAUUCAGUAGCUAAAUCGAAAGCCGAAGCAAAGACCAAUUUAUUAACAACAAAACUAAAGAGAAAACCUUAAAAAAUAACAAAAAACAACAAAAAAAUGAAACCAAUUAUUAUGUUAAACUAAACAAUAAAGGAUAAUACGUUUAAAAAAAAAAAGAAGAAGGAAAAGGACUAGGAAAAGUAGAAAAGCUGGCGAGGAGGAGGAGAAACAAUUUUUUAUUAAUAAAUAAAGAGAACUAAACAAGAAUGCAAUGCAUAAAUUUAAACAAACAGAUAAUGUCAACUAAAUACUAAAGAAAACUUUAACUAAACCUACACUAAAAGUCAACUAAAUUUAAAAA